AUGCGUACGCCAGCGGCUAUCAAUCUGUUGGCGCUGCCUUUGGUGGCAGCCAAAUCCCUCUGGUCCGACUCUCCGGGAAACCUCAGUAGUAUCAUCACCACUGCGUUUCCCUUGGGUAAUGGACGCUUGGGGGCCAUGCCCAUCGGGCUGCCAGGCAAGGAAAAUGUCAAUUUAAAUGUGGAUUCGUUGUGGCGCGGAGGGCCUUUCGAGAAUCCCGCAUAUACUGGUGGCAAUCCGAACGUCUCCAAGGCGGACGCCCUGCCCGGAAUCAGGGAAUGGAUCUUUCAGAACGGAACCGGCAAUGUGACUGCUCUCUACGGAGAGUUUCCCGAUUAUGGCUCCUAUCAGGUCCUGGGAAACUUGACUAUCGAUCUGGGUGAUGUGGGAACCGUAUCCAACUAUCGACGCAGCCUCGAUCUGCAAUCCGGCAUCUACGCGGAUCAGUUCAGAUCUGGUAAUGUCGACAUCGAAAGGGAGGCAUUCUGUUCGUAUCCGGAUCAAGUCUGUGUUUACCGGCUUUCCUCAAAUAGAACUCUACCGGCAAUCACUGUUGGACUGGAGAACCAACUCACGUCUCCGACUCCCAACGUCACCUGUCAUGGAAACAGUAUCAGUCUGUACGGAGUCACCGCACCUACCAUCGGCAUGAUAUACAAUGCCCGCGUGACCGUGGUUGCACCGGGGCUGAAGACCUCGAGCGAUCACUGCUCACGGAUCAACGCCACUGUCACUGUCCCCAAGGGCCAGCGCGAAGUCUAUCUCGUCUUUGCCGCCGGGACCAACUACGAUGCGUCGAAGGGUAAUGCGGCUGCAGGAUUCUCAUUCCGCGGGAAAGACCCUUACGGUCAGGUACUGCAGACGGCUUCCAGCGCGGCGAAGAAGUCUUAUUUUACACUGAGAUCAUCGCACGUCAAAGACUUCCGAGCACUCUCAGGUACAUUCGAACUCUCCCUGCCGGACCCGAACAACUCUUCCAACAAGCCGACCACCGAGCUGAUCGACUCGUACACUUUGCCUGGAGACCCAUUCGUCGAGAACCUUCUGUUCGAUUACGGUCGAUACCUGUUCAUCUCCUCCUCGCGGCCGGGCAGCCUGCCGCCCAACCUGCAGGGUCUGUGGACCGAGUCAUACUCUCCCGCAUGGAGCGGCGACUACCACGCCAACAUCAACCUGCAGAUGGCGCACUGGGCGGUCGAGCAGACGGGUCUCGGGGCCCUGACAGAGCCGUUAUGGUCAUACAUCACGGAGACCUGGAUGCCACGCGGCGCGGAGACGGCCGGGCUGUUAUACGGGGCAAAGGAGGGAUGGGUAACCCAUGACGAAAUGAACACCUUCGGACAUACAGCCAUGAAAAACGACGCCCAAUGGGCCAACUACCCGGUCUCGAACGCCUGGCUCGCCCACCACGUCUGGGACCACUUCGACUAUACCCAGGACGAAACCUGGUACCGAGAUACCGGCUACCCGAUCCUGAAGGGCGUGGCCGAGUUCUGGCUCUCGCAGCUCGUCGAAGACGAAUACUUCCACGACGGCACGUUGGUGGUCAACCCGUGCAACUCGCCCGAACACGGGCCUACUACAUUCGGCUGCACGCACUACCAGCAACUCCUAACCGAACUCUUCACGCACCUCCUCUCCACCCGAAUUACCCGAAACGACCCCACCCUCCACGUAACCCUAAGCAAAACCCUCCCCCUCCUCUCCCCAGGCCUCCUGAUAGGAAAGUGGUCCCAAAUCCAAGAAUGGAAACUCGACCUCGACACACAAAACGACACGCACCGCCAUCUCUCAAACCUCUACGGCUGGUACCCAGGCUCCUCCAUCUCCUCGCUGCACGGAAACAACAAAACUGUCACCGACGCCGUCGCCACAACGCUGUACUCGCGCGGCAACGGCACCGAGGACCAGAACACAGGGUGGGCGAAGGUGUGGCGCAGCGCGUGCUGGGCCGGGCUCAACCACUCCGACAACGCGUACGCCGAGCUCUCGCUCGCCGUGCAGAAGAACUUCGCGGCCAAUGGCUUCAGUCUGUACGGCGGGAGUACGCCGUUUCAGGCGGAUGCGAAUUUCGGGCUCGUGGGUGCCGUCUUGGAGGCUUUGGUGCGCGAUCGCGACCGGAGUUAUGAUGCGCUGAGUGGCAAGACGACGGGGCGGGUGCAGGAGGUUGUUCUUGGUCCCGCGAUUCCUGGGGCCUGGGGCAAUGGGGAGAUCAAGGGGGUGAGGUUGAGGGGUGGGGGGAGGGUGAAUUUUAGGUGGGAUGCGGCCGGGGUGGUGUCGUCUUGUCGGUUUGACAGCGCCGGCAGGAAAAGUAGUAUGGCUAAGGUCAGGUUUGUUGGGAAGGACGGUGCGGAGAUUACGUGUUGA